UCGGCCCGCGCCGGGGGCGGUGCGCGUCACAGCCCUGCGGAGCGGCUCCCGCUGUGCCACGGCCAUGGCGGCGGCGGGCGGAGCCGCCGCGAGCACCGCGCCCCGCGCGCGGCCCGGCCACGUGUCUAUCAUUGUGCCUGUUCACAACAGCGAACGCUGGCUAGAUGAAUGCUUGAAAUCAGUUUGGGAGCAAGAUUUUGAAGGAACCAUGGAGCUGUCAGUUUUUAAUGAUGCCAGUACGGAUGGUUCAGCUGAAAUAAUUGAAAAAUGGAAGAUCAAGCUGGAAGAUGCUGGUGUUCCAGUAAUUGUUGGUAGUAAUGAUUCAUCUCAACCGCGAGGUGUUGGAUUUGCUAAAAAUCAAGCCAUAAUUCAGAGCUCAGGAACCUAUCUCUGCUUUCUGGAUUCAGAUGAUGUGAUGAUGCCACAGCGGGUUAGACUACAGUACGAAGCUGCCAUUCAACACCCAAACAGUAUUAUUGGUUGCCAAGUCCAAAGAGAGCCACUGGAGUCUACGGAACGGUACACUCGUUGGAUCAAUAGCCUGACCGAAGAACAGCUUCUUACACAGGUGUUUACCUCCCAUGGACCUACUGUGAUCAUGCCAACCUGGUUCUGCUCAAGAGAGUGGUUUUUUCAUGUAGGAAGAUUUGAUGAGGGUGGAAAGGGGGUUCCAGAAGAUCUAUUGUUUUUUUACAAGCAUAUCCAGAAGGGCGGUGAAGUAUUCCGAGUAAACCAGUGCCUCCUGCUGUACCGGUACCAUCCACAGGCUGCGAGUCAUUCCAUCCUAGAGGAAACCAUCUGGAAUCACCGAGUCAGGUUUCUUGAAGACAGAGUCCUGAGAUCCUGGACAUCGUUCACCAUUUGGAAUGCUGGCAAGCAAGGCAAGAAGCUCUACAGAAGCUUGUCAUCAGCUAAUCGGAAAAAGCACCAUCACUGAACCGUGUACUUCAGCCAUGACCCUCAGCUUAUCACAAAAAGCAAGAAACGUGUAAGUUUUGUAUCAUUUUAACUACUCUAAAAUAUCUGAAUAAUAGUAAGAGAGACUGAAGGAAGCAUGUGUAAAAGCAAAGGGACACAAAGGGAAGAAUUACACCCACCUUGACUGUGGAGCAAAAGAUAGAAUGUCAACAUGAAACGAAGUUAAAAGAGAGACUGCAGAACAAGGAGAGAAAUGAAAUUUGAAAGCUUCAGUGUAAAGCAUCCUAAAACACCAUGGGGUAAAACGGAGGCUUCACUUUGGACUGUAGUGAGAACUUCCUGCUGCAAUACGGCAGGAUAAUCUCCCUGCAGCUUCUGUUGGGAUGAUGUGCUCUUUGCAAUGUCCGUUUUGUGAGCGUAGACGCUUGGAAAGUUCCUGGCAUAACUAAUGCAGUUAUCUGUUCUUGAGAAAUGAGACCCUUGCAGCUGGUUCCCACGCUGCAAAGGCAGUUGUGUGACGUACGUAAUAGGGAAUUGUUGUGUGUACGAUGUUUAGAAGAUGAUUUUGCAUGUUGGAUUCUGGUAUUAAAAUUCUCUUGAGCAACU